CUUCUUCCAUCCUUUCGCUGUUUCUUCCUUCACCCAAGACAUCCCUGCCUGUCCACAAAUUCUCAUCCUUUACUUUUUAAACAAACACACUCUCUUUUUUUCCUGCGUUUGUGAUCUCAACUUCUCCCUGGACCUGUGUUUCACCGUUGCUCUUUUGCUGGGUCUUCAUAGACUUUACGAACUCUGGUUUUUUUUUUUUUUAUUUACUUUCGCUCUUAAGGUAAGGUACAAUGAGCCUUUAAUUAAAAUAGGAUUUGACCAUAUCAUGUCUAAUCGUGUUGCACAAUCAGAACACCAUAGUGCUGGAACAGCUAGGCAUUCUAUGCAUCAUUACCAAGAUGCUUGGAUGGAUCAUUGGAAGAAUACAAGUCGUAAAUCAUCCACUGAGGUUCAAAGUCAUUUACUGCGUAAAGAUGAUCUUAGCAAUUCUCAGCAUCAUCCUUUGCUUUCUGGGCCUGAAAUGGAAACCGAUAUUUCAGACUAUGCUCAAGGAUUUAGAGAAGUUUCUGAAGCCAGAACAGUUGACACCAUGAGCAAGAGUUCGAAAAUGGGUUCAAGGAAGUUGGGGAAAGAAGUUUUAGAUGGACAGCCCCCUCCAAUGUUCAAUAUUUCAGGGAAAAGGGAGAGUGCUAUGGCUUCAAAGAAUAACGCAGGUACUUCGUCUAAAGGUGACGUGGUGAAGUAUCAAAUUGAUCUCAAUAAUGGCUAUAACUCUAUUACUAUGGGUAGAAGUGAGUGGGCUCAUCCUGGAAUGGAAUUUCCAUCUAGAGAACGUAAACUUCAGCCUGAAGGCAUUUCAUGGGUUCCUGAGCAGCUGGUAAAAUCUCAUGAAUUCCUUGAAAAGAACAACUUAGCUGUUUCAACAUCUUUUCAGGAUGAUAUUGGGUCAAGUUCUAAAUUUGUACCAUAUGUAAUGAAUAGUGGAGUGGCUCCAAUGCAAUCCUUCACAUGUCAGCAUGAAGAUAUUGAUCAAUUAAGUCCUGUCGUAGCAUCCAAAGAGCACUUCACAGAUGGUAAAUUUAGCAGCUAUUCUACCUUUUGGGUCCAUGAGAAGAAAGCUGAUACCCUUUUCGAGUCCAGAAAACUGGGGAGUUCAUUAUCUAGACAGAGUGAUGCACCUCUAUUACUUCAUGAUCAAUUGACCAACGAUAGUCAGUUAUGCUCUUUUCUUAAUAAACAGAGUCAGAAGGUAGAAAACAAUUCUAGUAAUAGAUUGCUUCCAAGCUUGGACUAUCCUGAGGUGGCAAAAUCAGGAAAAGCAUAUGAUGAAAAUUUCUUGCUGCCAAGAGUACCUCGUUCUGUUCAUGAUGUCAAGACUAUGAGAAUAUGUACCACUAUAGAUUCUGUGGAAGAAUUACCCAGAGGUCCUUCCAAGUUUUCUCAGACAACUCACAAAUUUUUUAUUACAAAGAAGACUGGUGUGAGCAUAAACGAUGGAGGACAAGUGUUCAAAGACUCUAUAGUCUCCCCCAAAUUGAAGGGAAAUAUGUUCAGUGAGUUUCUGAGUUUAUCUCCCAAUUUUGGUUUCCAUGGUCGGCAAGGAGUGAAAUUGCAACCUCUAGGGAGCUCCACGGGUAGUGAAGGAAAAGACUAUGUUGGAGAUGUCAGAACUUCUACUGUUUGCUUAAAGCAUGAAUCAUCAGUUGAAACUGAUGCCAUGGAACUGGAUGUUUUCCUGAAGAGCCAUCUUUCAAGUGUGGCUCUGUGUCCAUCAGAUCAGAACAUCAAGGAGGUUCAUAAUUCAUCAUUAUUUGAAACUGAGAAUGCUACUGGAGAAGAAGCUGGCGACAAAAUGGCAAAUACUGAAUUACCUGAUAUGAAUGGAGGGCUUCCUGCACUUCCAGCUGUGGCAAAGUCAAUAGACGAUGGAGAAACAAGUACCUCCAGAACCCAGAGUUUAGAUGCAGAGCAUCUCCUUUCCCAUGCUGAGCAGCCCUCAAAUUUUAAAACUGCUGCUUGUCCAGAUGAUUCUCUGGGACCAGAGACAAGCAGCAGAUGGGUUAAACGUCUGAAGUUGAGCACUUCGGAUCCUUUUGCUCCUGGUCCUAAGAGCUCUAAAAUUGGAGAAGCUUCAUCCCGUGAAAAGGUUAACAAGAUCUUCAACAAAAUCUUGAAAUGCAGUGAAACUAGUUCAGAAGCCACAGUAUGCGGAAGCCAUGUGAGACCAGAACUGGCACUUGAUCACACUGCAAUGCUAUUAAAGAUCGGUGCCUCCACUUCCAGUGACUCUUUGAGGAAAAGUCAAGAUAGACCUCUUUCACGUUCUUGGAUUCAAAGAUGGUGUCGUCACAGGGCUGCGUCUCCAAACAAGAAGCCUGAAGCUGUGGUGCUAUGUGAACCACAGAGUACAAAGGCUGCAUUGGAUGAACUCGAAAAGAAGCAGUUUCCAAGCAUUGCAGCUAUGGCUCUAAUGGGGAAGGCCGUGAGCGUUUUUCGUCCUUGUGAAUUUAGAAGAAGGGGGUCUUUGAUAGUUUGGAGCUCGUGAGGGAUUUUGAGGUAUUUCUAGCUAAAGCUAUUCAUGUUGGGAAAGACAAAGUGACCUAUUAGGUGAUGAAAUUCUCUUGGUGGGUGCAAUUUGUUACUAAGGGGACAAAAUGCUCUGCCCAUCCAUAUUACAUAUCAAUCAGGUCUUUGGCAGGAUAUGAUAUGCUGUUUUGUGAAGUCAGAAUGUUGCUUAGGUAUGUUCCCUGCCUGCGUUUGUUUUAUGUGACCUUUAUACAUCAAACGAAAAGUUUAUCUGGACGGGUUACUUAUGGAAGGAUCAAACAGAGGGCUUUUGUCUUGAAUGAGCGCUUGGAUGGAGGAUAAAAACGGGAUCUCAACAGCCAUCACAUCGUCUUGUAAGUUUGAAGAACUCUCCAUUAUAUUUCCUGGUUUGGUCCUCUAAAAUUGCUUGAAGUAAACAAUGAAUGGACUCAAAAGAAUGUAAGUUUAAAACAGGCCGUGAUACAUCAUAAACAUAUUCGAGUAACAUUCUGUAAUAAUGAACCCGAUAUGUGUUUGUUAUGGUUAUGAUGUCGCUAAUUAAGACAUUAUCAGUGUGUUUAGAGACGAGUGAAAGACAGGUAGGUUGUUAUUAA